AAAUUAAGUGAGUUGUGAGUCAGUUCUCUAGUUACACAUUCAGCGGUGUAACGUGCAAAAUAAACAUCACUUCAUCACCGACCUCAAAGCUUCAUUUACCAACAUUCGACUCGUGAUUUCAUCCAGCUUGCAGAGUUUAUUUUUAGUUGCGAUGUCCAAAGUAAUAAGUCUUCUUCUUCUUGUGGCCUCAGCUGUGCCACUUAUUUUUGCCCAAGUUCCAGGACUUGGAAGCUGUCCAUCCAAUGUCCAAGUACAGAGUAAUUUCCAACUCCCUGACUUUCUCGGACAAUGGUAUGAAUACGAACGUUAUCCGUUCGUCUUCGAGGCGGGAGGCAAAUGCACUUACGCAAGAUAUGCAUCCUUGCCAAAUGGAACUGUCUCUGUGUAUAAUUUCAACAUUAAUUCCAUAACCAACAGAAAAUCAGACAUCUCUGGGACGGCUAAAGUGGUGGCUCCGGCAAAGCUACUUGUACGGUUCUCUGGAAUGCCAGAUUUUGUGAGUGGAUCCAAUUACUGGGUUCUCGGGACUGAUUAUUCCAGCUACGCAGUUGUGUAUUCUUGUACGGACUUCUACAAUAUCUUCAAUACAAAAGUUAUUUGGGUUCUAACCAGAGAACGGAAGCCAAGUGAGUCGGUUAUAUCACAGGCAAGACAAGUUAUAGAUGACAACAAACUAUCUAAACGAUUUUUAUUAAAAACAAACCAAGACAAUUGUCCUGCAAGUUAAUUCAACAAACAAUAAUAUUAAAAAUGAAGAAAUUGUUGACACUUUUUGAAUUUAUGAUUAAAAAAUAAUUACAAAAGGUGGCUGAUGUUUUUUUUUU